UCCAGUCAGCAGACGGCGAUGUGCGUCUUUCAGGCGACGCUGCCAGCGUGACGUAUAAUCUAGUGGACGGUUCUUCAGAAACAGCUCGUCAACCACCUCCGUAGCCUGCUAGACGACAUAGCCGAAAGAUUCAAGCUAUUUAUACGCUUUCGGUGUAUAUUUGCUACUGUGUUUUAGACACACUUCUAUCGUAUCUACUUGUUAACCUAUUUAAUAUAAUAAUACGUUAUUUUGUAUUAGUCAGCUAUAGUAGCUGGCUGGUUAAGUUAACCCUAGCCUAGUCGCUAAUGAUAGCUAGCUAGCGAACAUCCCCGAACAUGAGCUCCCUAAACUAUUCCCCUCCUGUUAAAGAAGAGGAGGUCUGUUGGACGGAGGAAGAAGCUCUGGCGCUGAACAUUGUCGUGAAAGAGGAGAAGAAAGAGGAGGAUGUCACAGUAAAACAAGAAGUAGAGGGUGAGACUGUGAAAGAAGAAGCGAAAUGCGUUUCAGUGAAAGAAGAGGAAGACCCGUUCAGAGUGAAAGAGGAGGAGGAUGUAGUUUUUGGAGUGAAGGAAGGGGAGAUUACUGUCACAUUGAAAGAUGAAGAGGAGGAGAAAGGAGAUCUGAUUAACACCAGAGAGAGAGGUGACUAUCGUGGAUCCUCUGGGGAGCCUCAACAACCUCAUGAUGCUGACGAGGCAGAGAAGAGUCUCUGCAGAUCAGGACACCCCAAGAAAAACCAGCAGAGACCCAAAGGAAAGAAAACUCACCGCUGCUCUGACUGUGGGAAGAGUUUUGUUUUCUCAGGACAAUUAAAAUCACACCAGAGAACACACACAGGAGAGAAAUCAUAUAGCUGUGAUCAAUGUGGGAAGAGUUUUACUACUUUUAACAAUCUGAUGAUACACCAGAGAACACACACAGGAGAGAAACCUUAUACCUGUGAUAAAUGUGGGAAUAGUUUUGUUUCAUCUGGCCUUCUGACUGUACAUCAGAGAAUACAUACAGGAGAGAAACCAUAUAGCUGUACUCAAUGUGGGAAGAGUUUUACUCAGCUAAGCAACCUGAUUUCACACCAAAGAAUACACACAGGAGAGAAACCUUAUAGAUGUACUCAAUGUGGGAAGAGUUUUACUCAGUCAACCAGCCUGAUAUCACACCAGAGAACACACACAGGAGAGAAACCUUAUAGCUGUGAUGAAUGUGGAAAGAGUUUUGCUACAUCUAGCAAUCUGACACUACACCAGAGAACACACACAGGAGAGAAACCUUUUAGCUGUGAUGAAUGUGGGAAGAGUUUUACUACAUCUAGCAAACUGACUCUACACUACAGAACACAUACAGGAGAGAAACCUUUUAGUUGUUCUCAAUGUGACAAGAGAUACUAUGAUAAAUGUUCUCUGAUUACACAUCAGAAAAUACAUGCAUGAAGGCAUUGUAUCAUGAUAUCAAUGAAAUUAUGUCACAAUGUUGAAUGUUUAACAAUGUAGAAGGAGUAUUUUAAUGAUGUCACAAUGUAGAACCCUAAACGUUUGCCCCCUGUUAUAUUGAUUUCAACAUGAUAUGGAUAUUAGCCUCGGGGAAAAUCCAGACUCUGAAUUGAAAGAGUACUAUUUAUAUGAUUUAACAAAAAGUGAGUAACAAAAAAGUGCUGUCUUACACUUACCGUGUUGGUGGCCAACUUUAAUCACAAGUUACACUUUAAUAAAAAUGUAGUAAGAUGUUUUCUACAUAUUCUCCUCCAACCAGUGAUGUACACAUUAUUCUCAUUUAUUCCGUGUGGUUUUUGAGCUGUUAGUUUUAACAGGACGUGCAACCUCAUCUCCCUCCUCUCGGCACAAUUGAUUUCAACAUGAUAUCGAUGAGUGAUGACAAAUAAGUUUUGGGCUUAUUUGUUUAGCGACCCCUACAUUUAAUUGCAUCACUCCAAAAUGUAGCUGACUGUCUUCUGCAGAUUGUCCUCUAACCAGUGAGGUGAAGAUAUCUCCCAUUUCCAUGUGUUUUCUUUAGUUGUGUUAGGUACAACCUGAUUUUCCCUCCUAAUUGAUUUCACUGAUUUAUUGCUACAUGCCAAAACAACAGCGUUUCUGGUUCUUGUGCAGUACGUAAGAUGCCUGUUUAAAAAAUACAAGUAAUAUGUAUUAUUGUGGCAGAUGGUUGUGUUUAUAUAGCUCAAUUUAUCACAAACUGUUUCUGCAUAUUGGUUAUUGAUUUGGCACAUUUAAACUUUGUUUUGACAUUGGGCUAUCCCACCUAGCAAAAUGUAAUUGAAAAGACGUUGAGAAGAAUACUGCCCGAUGUCCAAUAUACGUUCGGUUGAAGUGAAAGUUGAGAUGUCGUUUUUUAAAUUCACUUGCAGCCUAUACACAUGGACGCAGUAUAAUAAAUUGGUCUGUAAUCAAUUUGAUUCGCAUUCUUACAUCACUCCAGUAUUUCUUUGCGACUUUCAAACAUCCCACUGUCGAAGAAGCAUGUCUCAAAUCACCUCAUAUUUCAAACAUUCAGCCUGACAAAAGAUACUUUUUUUUUUUUUUAUGUAUAGAUUUUUUAUUCCAUGCCUCACCAUUAAAUUAAUUAUUGCCAAUACAUAUUAACAAAGGGACAUUUGGUUUUCAUAUUUACAUUUAGUAAUAAAAAAAUAUUUAUGCAACCAACUGACAAUUUUUGGGUACAAUUAUAUUGACAUUGUUAUCCUGCUUUUAGAAUAUCAUUGUUCAUUCUCAGAUGUGCCAAACCAAAUGUACUAGAGCAAGACAUUGGGGACUGGGCCCCGAUCCAACAACAUGCCUAUCUAGUGAGCCCUGAAAAGAGAGAGAAGCUCUGCAGUGAGGUGGAAAGUUACUACGGAUAUUGCAGGAGUUUCCUCUUGAAAUCAGACAUGUCCGUGGUAAGGACAACUUGGUUGUUGAUUGUCUUCAGGGGGGUGUAGUCAAAAGGUUUUUGUGUUUAGCCAGUGCGUUGCCAUGGAUCACAAUUGAUUUUGACUGCAUGUUUUUCCGUAUUGGAGAUGAGUUUUGUUUGGGCUCAUUCCAAGGGGACGAGAGUUCUAGAAGCUAGUGAGUUUUAGGAAGACGAGAGUUCUAGAAGCUAGUGAGUAAAAAAAAAAAAUAGAUUGUAGAAAAAUAUAUAUAUUUAGAAAUGUGUUUUUUCUUGUUUUUAAUUGUUGACAGCCAGUAGACACCAUGUUUAUAUUGUAGAAGGUGAAGCAUUGUAGUUCAUUUUAAUAUGAAUUGGAAGUUGUUUUCUGUUGGUGGUGAGUAAACUUGUCCAACAAAAGUAUAGGAUAUAUUUGUUGUCUUAAGGGAGAAGUUGUUACAGGCUUUGGUUUUUCCAUUUAUGUUUUGAGGUUGGACUUUAGCACAUAUAGCUCGUUAGCACUGUGAGGGAAUAUUCUGUUAAACCUUACUAAUGCAUGUGUAGCAAAAUAUAAUUAUUUAAGCCGAGGCAUUGGGCCUGAGAUAGGUUCUUUACCAAACUCAUAUAACAUAGAAAAGUCUGUUGAUAGAGGCCUGUUCUAACUGUUCUGGGUGUGUAGAAUGAACCCAUGAUGUUCAGACACUCAGCCAAGAAUAUGACAGAAACUGGCUGGUUCCUCUUGAUCCUCCACAGAGUAAAGGUUAUAUCCUGCACACCAGUAACAGACUAUUGUUUUGGAGCCUGUUUCUGGGGUAAGAUUGUGGUGGAGAAAUCAGAAUUAGCUAAGUAACAUAGUUAAUUAAGAUGUCUUAUCUGCAGAAUAUGCUGAUGAGAACUAUUAUUUCCUAAUUGUAAAAAAACCACUCCAUUAUCAACUAGUCUUUCACUGUUUAACCUGAAUAACAUGAGUUGUGUCCUUCAAACUGUUAGACUGUUAGUCCAUAAUCAUAUUCUGCUACUUAGAUGUCAUGUUAUGUUCUCUAUAAUGAAACAUCACCAAGUGAAAUAAAGUUGAUAAGACUCUUAAUAUA